AUGGUUUUCAUCCAUCUGGAGCUGGAGUUUCGCUAUGAGGGUCAGAAGCUGAGGGGCUUCACCUGUAAGCUAACCCAUUCGCCCGACGGAUUUCUCCCAGAGAGCUCCUGGAAAAUCGCCUCCCAAGUCCUCCUGCCCUACCUACUGGCUGGACUGGGCAUGGUAGCCACUGGAAUUCUCAUGGACACUGUACAACACUGGGAUGUGUUUAAGGAGAUUACUGAGUUGUUCAUUCUAGUUCCUGCCCUUGUGGGACUGAAGGGAAAUCUGGAGAUGACUUUGGCCUCUAGACUCUCUACAGCUGCAAACACAGGGCAGCUGGAUGACCCCAAGCAACAGCAGAGAAUGGUCUACAGCAACUUGGCUCUCAUACAGGUGCAGGCCACGGUGGUGGGGGUGCUGGCUGCAGCCGUGGCAGUUGGACUGGGGGGGUUGACCAGGGGGAGGGUAGACCUGCAGCAGGCCACUGUCCUGUGUGCCGGGGGGGUCACCACUGCCUUCAUUGCAGCCCUUACUCUGGGUCUGGUGAUGGUCGGCGUGAUCAUCGGCUCGCGGAAAGUGGGGGUCAACCCUGAUAAUGUGGCCACACCCAUUGCUGCCAGUCUAGGUGACCUCAUCACCCUGCUGCUGUUAGCUGGGAUCAGCAGUGUCCUCUUUAAGGUCAAAGAGCUGUGGUACCUGAUGCUUGUGAUAAGUGGCUUCUUCCUGCUUCUUAUUCCUUUCUGGUUGGUCAUCGCAUGUCACAGUCCACCAAUCAGAGAGGUGCUGAGGUCUGGGUGGCAGCCAGUCAUCAUUGCCAUGCUCAUCAGCAGUAUAGGUGGGUUGAUUCUGGACAAAACCGUGACGGAUCCGAAUUUCGAGGGUAUGGCUGUGUUGACACCUGUCAUUAAUGGUGUUGGCGGUAACCUGGUGGGAAUCCAGGCCAGUCGUAUCUCAACGUACCUCCAUUACGUGAGCGAGCCAGGAAUCCCACCCAGUGCACAGAAACAGCACUGGCCUUACCCCAGUGUGACCUUCUGUUCCUCAGGUGUGAACUCCACCUCAGCCAGGGUCCUCUCAUCCCUGGUGGUCCCGGGACACCUGAUCUUCCUCUGCAUCAUUAAACAGGUGCGAGGGGGAGAUGCAGGGGCGAACCUAACCUUCGUCUGCUGUUAUCUGCUGGCCGCCCUCUUACAGGUUCUGAUUCUCCUCUAUGUGGCCGAUGUGAUGAUUCAUCUGAUGUGGCGACACGGCCUGGAUCCGGAUAACUUCUCCAUUCCAUAUUUGACAGCGCUAGGAGACCUCCUGGGGACCAGCCUGCUCGCGCUGACCUUUAAAAUAGUCCUACUGACAAAAUCAACGUGCUCCGUCUGA